AAUAGGAGGCCGGAGCAAAGGGAGAGCACCAUAAACAUACAAGUUUCGGAUUGGUUCUGCUUUCUCCUUUGUCUCCGGAAUGUUAUAUACGAUCAGGCUGCUUCAAAACCAUCACUUCACAGUUGUAUUUCGUUGAGUGCGUUUACAGUUCCGUUUCGGAAACCGGAGACAUCGGAAUUUUGGCGCCGUACCACCGACGCGAUAUCAGUGACAGUGUAAAUGGUUAUGUUGCCGUGCUUACUUGCCAUACGCGUUUUAUCGUACACGUAGCCGUAUUAGAUCGUUUUCAGUAUCUUUAUUGCACAAUCGUACGGACUUUUGAUCGAAAUUGUGUUCACGAGUGAAUACCUCGCAUCAGCAAUAACGUGGAAUCAAGGUUAUAUCCUGUUUUGGAGAUUGAUGUUAUAUUGUGCAUCUGUGUAACACGGAAAUAUAAUCACACAUAAAGUACAUUUGUUCAUUCCUGUUGAAAGAAAAAUACAGACAGUAGAAGUGAGGGUUAAGUGUGAUAGUAAAUGCAGUGGUUGAGGAAGAGAUGGACCCAUCAAUGUUUGUUCCAUACACUCCUCAAACAAACGGCGUCCCAUUGGAAUCCAAGCUUGCUACCUACAUGAAUCGUCAAAAUUCAGCGAUAGCUUUAGGCACUACAGUUGUUACGAAACAUCUGUCAAACCUUUCUCUGGAUUCACAGAAAAAGGUAACUGCCAGCCCAGAAUUUGUACCUGGAAGAACUCUUACUGGUAGUAAUAAUAAUUCUCCGAACCUUUUCAAUAAUUCUUAUCACUCACAGGAGAAUGUGGGUGGUACUACAUAUUUCUACCUUGGGAAUGCAGCAGCUGAUGCUGUUGGAACUGAGGAAGGAACUGAAACUAUUGGAAAUGUAGGAGCAGGUCAGAUAGGCUAUGUCUAUCCAGGUACACCUGCGCACCUCCAACCAGUAAAACCUACAAAACCUGUGUCAUCUAAUAGUUCUUCAGCUCCCUCAACCCCUCCCCCUCAAGCAACCACCGGUUUUUUUGUCAGUGAGAGUUUGAGAAUGGAUAUUGUCCAAAAAAAUGCUUUAACGUUAGCACAACCUGAUGUAGUACGAUUUCCCGAUCUACCAAACGAGGUAGAUAAUUAUCAUGAGUUGUGUCCAUUGGAACCAAUUCACAAACCUGCUUCAACGAUGCUGGGAUAUCAAACUUCUACGUACAAAGCUACCAGCAUUAAAAGCGGUACACGUUACUGUCUGCGACGUGUACAUGAUUUCAGACUUGCUAAUACAAAGUGUAUGAUGCUGGUAGAUAUGUGGAAGCGAAUAUCACAUACAAAUUUAGUGCAGUUAAGAGAAGUUUUUACCACCAAGGCUUUUGGUGACCAUUCCAUGGUAUUUGUUUACGAUUAUCAUCCGGGGUCAGAAACCCUAUUAAAUAAGCAUUUUUCAUCUACCGAGGUAAAUGGUUAUACGGAUCCAUUUUCCUCGGACCCUAAUGCUCCUCGUCCUUAUAGUCAUACGAAGAAUACAAUUUUGAGACAACAGCAUAGUAGUAUGCUAUCAGAAAGCGUCAUAUGGAGCUAUAUUAUUCAGUUAACUGCCGCACUCCGUGUUGUACACGCUGCUGGUUUGGCAUACAGAUGUUUAGAUCCUACAAAAGUGUUACUUACAUCACAAACAAGACUACGUUUAAGUUGUGUAGCUAUACCAGAUGUUGUUACUUUUGAUGGAAAUGCAGCGAAUCCACUUUCGCUUAUAGCGCACUAUCAGCAAGAAGAUUUAAUCGCCUUAGGAAAGUUGGUGUUGGCAUUAGCAUGUCGCAGUCUCCUUUCCGUCCAUCGCGACAACAUGCAAGCCUCCCUCGAGCUCGUCGCACGUUCCUACUCUGCGGAUCUUCGAAAUCUUAUUCUGUAUUUACUUUCGAAUCAAGCACGAAGAAGUGUAACAGAUCUCAUGCCGAUGAUUGGAGCACGAUUUUAUACGCAAUUAGAUGCAGCUCAGCUUAAAUCUGAUAUAUUGGAGAAUGAACUUGCCAAGGAAUUAGAAAAUGGAAGAUUAUUUAAAUUACUAGUAAAGUUGAGUACUAUUAACGAAAGACCCGACCUUAAUAUGGAACCUACGUGGGCAGAGACGGGCGACCGAUACAUGCUCAAAUUGUUUAGAGAUUAUGUCUUCCAUCAGGUAGCAGCUGAUGGAAGACCUUGGUUGGAUAUGGCACAUGUUAUAUCUUGUUUAAAUAAGUUGGAUUCUGGCUCACAAGAUAAGGUAUGUUUGAUGUCACGAGAUGAACAGAGUAUAUUAGUAGUAAGUUAUGCAGAACUACGACAAUGCUUAGAGACCUCAUUUGGAGAGCUGGUACAAUCCACAAAAGAAGUUGUUUAGAUCCGUGCCACAUUUUUUCUUGGUUGACCAGAUAAUACAUACUCUAAACUGCAAAUGUGAUAUCACGAUUGUAUGUUAUUUUAAUCUUUAUGAAGACAUAGAGUAAGAUUUAAUCUAAGAAUUAAGUUUGGCGAUAAGAAUAAUAGUACGUGAACCAGUUUGUAAGCAUGAUUACAAGGUUGAUUGAAGGAUUAUAUGCAAAAUACAUUCUGGUAUUUGAAUGUAAUAUAUGUAUGUGUGUAAGCAGUAUGAUGGUGCAAAUCAGAAAGCGUCUGAUCUUAUUGUGAAAGCUAUUACGGUAGCAUACAAACAAACAAAAGAUUGUACACAACGUAAAGAUGUAAUGAAUUCUUAAGAUGUUUUGUGCGUGAAUACACCUAAACACAAUCAGUGUAUAGGAUAGAUCUUAGUUUUUAGGAUACAACUGAUAAGCAUUAAUUUUGAAAUAAAUGUUUAUUUUUGAAAGCAAUCUUAA